AUGGCGGGAUCGCAGUGGGAGUCCCCAGAUUUCGAGCCGUCCCUCCCGGUCUCGGAGAAGUCCAACCCCCUGACCCGGGAUCUGGACCGGGCCUCGCCCGGACGCAUCGUCCAGAUGCUGCAGGCCUGCGACGCCCAGAUGUUCCAGGAGGAUUCAGGCGGAAUCUACCAGAGGCUUCUGAGUGAAGGCGUGGUGAAAACAGUAAUGGAGGUCGCCAAGAGGGUGGAGAUCAUAUUAAAGGGUCCAGAGGAGGGCGCCAUCGUGCUGAGCGGCUGCGGAACUUCUGGCCGCCUGGCGUUCCUUGCAGCGUCGGCGUUCAACCGGGAGCUGCGGCGGCUGGACCGCCAGCCGGUUUAUUCCUACGUCAUCGCCGGGGGAGACAGGGCUCUGUUUACGUCCCAAGAAGCUCCUGAGGACGACGCUGGGCUGGGCGUGGCCGGUCUGGAGAAGGUCUGUGAGGGAAAGAAGCAGGUUUUGUUCAUCGGUAUCUCCUGUGGCUUGUCUGCGCCGUUUGUCGCCGGUCAACUGGACUUCUGUCUGCGGCGCCCGGAGGUCUACACCCCCGUCCUCAUAGGAUUCAACCCGGCAACUCAAGCAAGGAGUGAUCCCAUCCCCGGGUGCUCCUUCACGUUCCUCAGCGUUGUGCGGCGGCUGCAGGAGCGAGCCGAGACUCGAGACGCCUUCCUGCUCAACCCGGCCGUCGGGCCGGAAGCCGUCAGCGGCUCGUCCCGGAUGAAGGGAGGCAGCGCCACCAAGAUCCUCCUGGAGGCGGUCCUGUCGGCCGCGCACGCCGCCGCCUUCUCGCAUCAACCCGUCACCUUCGAAGGCGUCCUGCAGCACAUGAGGACAUAUGAGGAAGCUUUCCAGAGGACGUACACCCACAGCGAGGAGAUCGCCGCCCUGGUGGAGGCCGCCGGACACAGUCUGCGGUGCGGUGGCACAGUGUGUUACCUGGGCUGGGGCUCCCAGGCUCUGCUGGGACUGAUUGACGCCAGCGAGUGCAACCCCACGUUCGGAGCAGACUACAAGGACAUCCGAGGCUUCAUUAACGGAGGCUACAGCAGCCUGAACAACAACGAGGGUCCUUUAAGUGAUCUGGGUCCCGAGUUUCUCAUCUCGCACGAGGAUUUCCUCCGCCUCGUCCUCCCCGGCCUCACGGACCGGGACACGGUCGUCCUGCUCUACUCGGACGCCGACAACCUCAGCCAGGUGGUGGCGACGGCGAGGAGGGUGAGGGAGAAGACGCGGGGAGUCCACGCCGUUUGGCAUCACGCCGAGGGCAAUGAAUCGGAAGAGCAGGACGCCGUGCACCAGCUGUGUUUAUCCACACUGAGCAUCGCCUGGCCUCCACACAGCUCGCUCCACAUGCAGUGGGAGCUGUCCACCAAGCUGGUGCUGAACGCCGUCAGCACCGGCGCUCACGUCUUAAAGGGGAAGGUCUUCCGCAACUACAUGGUGGACGUGCAGGUGACCAACAGCAAGCUGUACGGCCGAGCGGCCCGGCUGCUGCAGAUUCUCUCUGGUUUUCCUGAAUCUCGAUGUGAAGACGCUUUACUGAAGGUCAUCCACCGAGUGGACGGCGUCUCCGGAGACAUCGCCGUCCACACAGCCGCCGCCAGGAGCCGGGAGAAGGUCGUCCCUCUGGCUCUGCUCUGCCUGCUGACUGGCUGCUCCCUGGAGGAGGCGGAGUCUUGCCUCCGGCGCCAGCCAAUCGUGAGGGAGGCGGUGGAGGCAUUUAUACAGAACAAAUAG